UCCCGCCCCCUGCAUGGCGGCUCGAGCCCUGUUUACCCGCGGUGCAUGGUGGGACCGUCGUCUCGGACAACCAACCUGCCCCCCAUCCUGGUGGCCGCCUCUUGGCGGUGCGGAACGAGCGCGGCGGCGGCAUGCGUCAGGCCUCCACAUCUUCAGAGCCUCUGGCGAGCCCCGACUACUACGAGAGGCUGGGCCGCCUCCAGCACCGGCUGCGGGACAGUGAAAAAAAGAGACUGGACCUGGAAAAGAAACUUUAUGAAUAUAAUCAAUCUGAUGUAUACAGAGUUAAGCUGAAGUAUGUUAAACUAAAGAAAUACCUGAAGGAAAUAUGUGAAUCAGAAAAGAAGGCUCAUACUCGAAACCAAGAAUAUUUAAAACGGUUUGAGCAUGUCCAAGCUCAUGUUGGACAUUUUACCACCAAUACAGAGAAGCUUCAAGAACUGAAGAACGAAUAUGAGGCUCAAAUGAAGAAGAUGCAGCUACUGUCAAAAGAGAGCCUGGGAACAAGAGGCAAACUGGAAGAUGAAGACAGAGGAAAGGUUGCAAGGCAGGCAGGAAUUAACUUGGGGACAGCCAUGUCAAGUGGAUUGUAUCAACCAGCAACAAUCUUUAUGGGCCGCCAAAUGUCAGCUGUCUCAAGCGCUGGAGGUUUCAGUACAGAGCAGAAAUCUCCCCAGCCCACAAAGAACUUUUCAAUUCCUGACCCACAUUCACACCGACAGACAGCCCAGAGCGGUAAUGUGACAGACAGCUAUGUAGUACAAACUAAUAGUGACACACAGUGCUUAAAUAAGUCUGACAAAAUAGAUGGAAAGACAUCUCUUCAGAUUGGUGAGGAAAUGCCAGUCACAGCCAGUGCAUUGUCUGAGGAGGAACAAACUCAUUGCUUGCAGAUAGGAAGCAACACACGUCAUGGGGAGAGUAGUUUAUCUGAAGGCCAAAAGUCUGCUGAACUCCAUUCCCUGUUACGGAAAAGAUUAAGUCCGGAGAACAGAACCACUGAUUUAAAGUGUGACAGUUCCAGCAGAUCAGAGGGAUCAGAGGGAGAAAUACUGACACAGGAACAUAUUGAAGUCAAGGAAGAAAGAGCCAGACCGCCAGUCUCUCGGGUAUCAGUCUCAGAAUACCGUGCAUCUGAAAAUAAGUGUUCUCAAGAGAAGGAUUCUGCUUGGGAAGGUUUCUCAGAUCAUCUUCCUCCCAGGGACCCGGAGUCACAGAAACCCUUCAGAAAAAUGCAGGAAGAGCAGGCGGAGGAAAGUUUGAGCAGCAGUAGCAGUGACCUCACAGUCUCUGUCAGUGAAGAUGAUCUCAUUUUCAAGAGUCCAGAACCACAGUCAAAUCCGAGUGACAAGAUGGAGGGAGAAGAUGGAAUAGAGGCCUUAAAAUUAAUCCACUCUGAGCAAGAAAGAGAUGCCCUAUCCACUGAAAAACAUAAUUGUAUUUUGCAAACCCUAAGCUCUCCUGAUUCAAAAAAGGAAUCCUCCACUAACUCACCAACAAGAGAAUCUGAACAAGCACCAGCAGCAGCCUUAUUGAGGGCACACUUGGAUCAGCAUGUUGCCACGUUGCAAGAACAUGAUAAUUCUAUCAAAGAAGAGGUAGCUAAGCCAUCUGAAGUUUUCCCAGUCAAAAACAUGAACCAGACACCAAGGGCAACAGCAUUAUUGAAAAAAGCCCUUACAGAAGAGUGUGACGAUAGGUCAGCUAUUCACAGUAAUGAAUCAUCUUGCAGCUUGCCGUCUAUUCUGAAUGACAAUAGUGGAAUAAAGGAAGCCAGACCCGCUCAGUGGCUCAACAAUGUUCGUACAAAGGAACAAGAAGUUUCCAGUGGCUGUGGAGACGAGAGCAGGGAAGAAAGCAUGGCAGCGAAGAUCCCGAUCACAGAAACAAAAGCCUACCAGUUGCUGAAGCAGUCUACCCUUCAGGAUAAUAUAAAUCACACUGAAGACAGAUUCCAAAAGAUGGAUGUUUCUGUGUUACAACUGUCAGGUCUGAACAUUGGCAGCAGGACAUUCAAGACAAAGACAGCUAACAAAAUCGCUUCGGAGGCUAGUUUUUCAUCGAGCGAAGGAAGUCCUUUGUCAAGGCAUGAAAAUGAAAAGAAAUUAACUACCAAUUUAGAGUUUAAAGGCUUCUGGUGUGAGUCUGAUGACAGUAACUCAGAAAUUGAAGCUGCAUUACGUCCUAGAAACCACAACACAUCCACCGAUGAUUUUGAUGAUUUUUAUGACUAAUAAGCAGUAACAACUGUUGGGAAUAAAGUCAUCAAACAAACUCAAGCCCUGUGUUCAUAUGUGAUACCCUAAAUAAACAUGUCUUUUUAAGCUUU